CCACACCGGCUGUCACACAUUUCUGUGCCAGCUUCUUCCUUCUGGGCAGCUGUAGACACGGCUCCUUCGGCCACGCUGGCAGGGAUCCCAGGAGGGGCCCCGACGGAUCGGUCCAGCUGCAGGACAGCUCAGCGGCCCCGACCCCCCGCGCCGAGACCAGGGCUGGGGCAGCGGGACGGGCCUGGCCCCGAUUCUAGAUGCCAGACCCCGGGGAUCUGAUCCAGAUUUUCGGCCCCUUGUUUGAGCACUGGGCCCUGUACGUGGGUGACGGCUACGUUGUCCACCUGUCGCCGCUCGAGGACAGCGGAUGGCUCAGCUCCUCCCGGCUCACGUCGGGCUCGGCAGGCUGGGCCGUGGUGAAGAAGCAGCGCCUCUGCGACGUGGUCAGGGGUGACAGGUACCGCGUGAACAACAAGGACGACCGGAGGCGCAGCCCGCGGCCCGUGGGCGAGAUCCUGGCUGAGGCGGAGGCCGAGGUGGGCAAGAAGCUGUGGUACAGCCUCCUCUUCCAGAACUGCGAGCACUUCGUCACCAAGCUGCGCUACGGCCGGCGCGUCAGCCACCAGGUGCGGGACGCGGUGACCUCCGUGGCGCUCACGCUGCUGAUCUUCGUCUCACCGUACUUGUUCCUGGCGGCGGCAGCCGCCCGCGUGAGCUACGUGCUGCAGCGGGAGUCCUAACAGCCCCCAGCCUGGCGGGACAAAGGUCAGCCGGGCCCGGGGCCGCGUGUGCCCAGUAGCACGUGCCUGUGCUUGCUUCUUGCACCAAUAAACCGCUUGGCCCUGCACAGGAUGCGACCUCAUUCUGGAUGGGGGUGGAGGGUGCAAGGGGGAGGCGGAGGAGGGAUCAAUGCUGAGCGCCCAGGCCCAUCUCCCUGCUCUCGCCCCCAGCAGGAGGGAUCCCAGCCCCCCACACCCCAGGCCACGCAGGGGGCCAGGCCGGGUGGGGGCCCGGGAUGGGGGUGGGGCGGAAGGGGGGGCACUGACACCCCAGGGCCCGGGCUCAGCCCCUCCGUGGCCUCCCCCUCGCAAAGCCCCUUU